UUGCUUGCGGUGCUGCUUUUUCUUACUGCUCUUUCGUCGCUCCUCGUCAAACUCAAACCUUGUGUUUUUGGAAGAAACAGAAGUGGGCAGUAGAGCUUGUGUUCAGGCAAUGGCGGAUCGACUGACGAGGUUCUUUAGAGAAGAAGCACUAACUUACGCUUAUAUCCUUCUCUACAUCGCGCUAUCCAGCGGUCAGAUCUUCUUCAACAAGUGGGUUUUAUCAUCAAAACAAAUCAACUUCCCCUAUCCUCUCGGGUUGACUCUACUCCAUAUGGUUUUCUCAUCCGUUUUAUGUUUUCUUCUUACCAAAGUUCUGAAGAUUAUGAAGAUUGAAGAGGGAAUGACUACUGAAAUAUAUGCUACAUCUGUUAUUCCGAUUGGUGCGAUGUUUGCGAUGACUCUGUGGCUGGGAAACACUGCAUACCUGUAUAUCUCUGUUGCAUUUGCACAAAUGUUGAAAGCUAUCAUGCCCGUCGCAGUCUUCAUUUUGGGAGUUGCAGCAGGACUUGAAGUAAUGAGCUGUAGAAUGCUUCUGAUAAUGUCAAUUAUCAGUUUUGGUGUUCUUGUGGCUUCUUAUGGGGAAAUAAAUGUUAGCUGGAUUGGAGUGGUUUACCAAAUGGGUGGUGUUGUCGGAGAAGCUUUGAGGCUUAUCUUCAUGGAGAUUCUGGUGAAAAGAAAGGGUCUCAAAUUAAACCCUAUAUCUGUCAUGUACUACAUCAGUCCCUGCAGUGCUUUAUGCCUCUUCAUUCCUUGGAUAUUUUUAGAGAAGCCUAAGAUGGAUGCAGAAGGAACCUGGACCUUUCAACCACUCAUACUAACUCUCAAUUCUCUUUGUACCUUUGCACUGAACCUCUCGGUUUUCCUUGUGAUCUCACAUACAAGUGCUCUGACCAUUCGUGUUGCUGGAGUUGUGAAGGACUGGGUGGUUGUUUUAUUGUCAGCUCUUCUUUUUGCAGAUACAAAGUUGACGGUUAUAAACCUGUUUGGUUAUGCCAUUGCCAUUGCAGGUGUAGCUGCAUACAACAACCAUAAGUUGAAAAAGGAAACUUCUCGUGUUAACUCUGAUGAGUCUCAAGUUGUUCAGCCUGUACCAAUGACCACAUCUUCAACUUCGGAAAAAGCAAAUACAUAGGAAAUGGAAUCACUCAAGUGAUUUUGAGGUAUGAAACAAACAAAAUAGUGGUUCAGAACCCAUGCCUUUAUCUAACUUUUAUGGUUCUCUGCCAUGACAUUGGCUCUUAGCAUUCAGUUCUGGUGCAAGAUAUUCUUUGGCUGAUAAGGCAGCUGAACUAUCAUUCUUGGCUGCUUUCCUUGUUUGGAUGUAUGUCUACUGCUGCUCUUACUUGAUGAUGAUUAUUUUCAUUUUACAUGAGGAAAGGCCGGAAGCUUCAGUAUUGUUUGAUGGGAACCAAUAAGAAGGGGAAGUAAUUUUGUAAAGUUGAGAAAUUUCUCUAUAUGGUUCCUCCUGAAAAUAUUGGAGGUUAUACUACAGUAUUAAUGUACUCUGACCACAAAUGGUAUUAUAUCACAGAAAUUAGUUUAGUUAUUGUUUCUCAAUUUUGGAAAUUCUCUUUUGUACCUGACUACUGUGUUGAUCAAUGAAGACAAUGACUGUUAGGACAUGUGAAA